AUGAAGGGGACGGGGCAAAAGAUUAGGGGUGCAGCGAAUGUAGCCGGUGGUGGCAGCUGGCGCAAGCUGUUCGUGGGCGUGACGCCUGGAUUGGAGGGACUGCUCAUCAAUGAACUGCGCAGCCUGCCGGGCCUGCGUACGGGCAAGCACAGCGUCAAUUGGCAUCCUCACGACGGCGGAGUGGAGGGCAUGGUCACCAACGAGGAGAUGUGGACCAUCGCUUGGAAGUUGGCCGAAUCGCUGCGGGUGCGGCUGCACGCGGCUCCAUUCGUGUCGAAGAACUUCAAGCAGUUUGCUUCACAGCUCAAGAAACUCCCGUGGGAGGACUACCUGCCGCCAAUAGACAGAGGCGCCCAGGCUCCAGAGGACGUGUGGCGCUGUAAAGGUGCCGGGUGUAUGUCAGGUGACGUGCCUGCAUUCUCGGUGCUGAGCGAGCGCCUCGUUUCGUGGAAACAGGAGCGCGUGGAGAAUCGGCUGAAGGAGCUCUACGGGUUGGAAGCACAGCCGGAGGACAACGACGACGACGAUGACGAACUCCCGCCGAUGGCCCCACCUACACAUGAUGACGUCCAAGACCCGUAUGACGAGGAGCAGGCCCACUCCAACGCGCUGGCCUCUCGCUUCUUCGUGCGCAUAGCCAACGACCGCGUAGAGGUGAGCGUGGAUGCCUCGGGCGUGCUUCUCCACCGAAGAGGCAUCCGCCAGCACGUGUCCGACGCCCCGCUGCGAGAAACGAUAGCCGCCGCCUGCCUCCGCGCUGCCGGCUGGACACGUGAGCGCCUGCUGGAGGAGCACACGCCCAAGGUGCUCUGGGAUCCCUUUGCCGGAAGCGGCACCAUCCUGCUUGAGCUCCCCGCCCGCAAGUUUGCGUUUGAGCUGUGGCGGAGCCAUGCCUCCUCGCCCUACCAGUCCUACGUCGCCCGCCUCUUCUCGGCACCCGAGGACGCGCUGGCCCAGGCGAUGAAGGCCCGAGGACUCAUCGCCCUGGGGUCGGACAUCGACGCCAAGUGCAUUCGCUCCGCCGAGCACAACGCGCUGCUGGGCGGCUACGACCCCGCCUCCUACUCCUUCGUCGAAGGCGACUUUGAUGAGGUGGAACCGAGGGUGCCGCGCGGUGCGGUGGUGGUGACGAACCCGCCCUACGGCGUCCGGCUGCUGCCGCGGGGCCAGUCGCUGCCGGCCCUGUUCCGGCGGUUCGAGCGCAUGCUCGUGCGGCGGCCCGAUCUGACGGAGGUCGUGGUGGUGAACGGGUACAAGGACUUCCAGCGGUGCAUGAAGGACACGACGUGGACCGUCCUCCACCGAUUCAGCAAUCGCGGGCUGCCUGUACAGCUCCUCAAACUGAACCAACGCAUUCAACGCUAA